UCUUUACCUAGUUAAAGCAGUGGCCUUAAACAACUUAAAUUAUUUCGUCGACUGAGUUGCAGUUCUUCAGGCGACCUAGUCGCAAGCAGAUCAAGUUACCAGUGAGGAUAUGCCUACCAUGACACGGAUGCAUCGCCACUCGAGUUCCAGUGCCGUGGUGGAGGAGUCGCGGGGAAGGCGGCGCGGGGCAGGAGUCCCGGGAGCGGGAGACGCCAACAAGGAGAACUUCGGGGUGCACUUCAUGAGCAGUCCCUUCGGCAACGCCAGCCUGAUCGCUCUCCAGGAUCUGAGCAACGUGCACGGAAAGAGUCCGCAGCGCAGGAGCUUCAGCGAGGGAAGUGGUCCGCGGCAGGCGACGCCCCAAUUGGCGGCUCUGCGUUGUUUGCCUCGCACCACCGGCGGUGCAGUUGUCGGUGGCGUCGGUGGAGCUGCAGCCGCUGCUGUGGCUCUCGAAGAUUCGCAGCUAUCCUCAUCGCGAAUGGGAGACACCACGUUGGAUCGCAUGCUGGACGCCAUAAUCGAGUCGGCCAGAAAGGAGGUGCGGUGCCCGAAGCCACUGAAAGCAGCGCCCGAUGGAACCCACAGUAGUGACACAACCACCAAGAGCAGCAAAACCACCACCACUACGACAGCCACUAUCCUGGCGGAGAACGGGGAGUGGAGCGAGAGCAGCUUCCACGAGAUGGAGGUGCGCACACCCACCCACUUGAAGAGGCAGCGGGUGGUGCGGCGCAAGAACCCGCACAAAGCCACCACCACCGCCACCGCACACCACACGCAGGGCCACGAGAAGACGAAGAAGGUGGACCAGCUGCAGCUCAUCCCGAGCAUCAAGCGCUGCUUGAGCUUCUCCUCGAGCUCCGCCUCGAGUGACUUGGAUGACGACGAGCAGCAACAGCAUCAGCAUCAGCAUCAGCAUGAGCAGCAGGUGGCCAAAAGGAGUUCGCUGGCCUCCUCCCCGGCCACGCCCCCCUCCCACAGCACCACCAGUAGCAGCAACAGUGGGGCAACAGAUUCUGAGGCAAGCCAGCGGGGCAGCAUCGAUGUGAGCAUUGCGUACAACAGCAAGGAGCAGCUACUCAAUGUACAUGUGAUUCGCUGUCGGGAUCUGCAGCGUUCCCAUGCCAGUGGAAAUGGCAGCAUAAAUGCCUACGUCAAGGUGGCUCUGGCCGGCGGAGCCCAGCCCACCACCGGAUGCGGAGGCCACUCGUCCGGCGGCAGCAUGAACUCCGGAUAUCAACGCACCGCCGUCCAUCGGCACUCGGGUCGCCCGUACUUCGAUCAGCGGUUCAGCUUCCCGAUUUCCAGUGGCGAGGACACUACGGGCCAGCAUCUUCAGUUGGCCGUAUGGCAUCGGGAUCGCCAUUUAAAACGCAGCGAGUUCCUGGGCUGCAGCACCUUUCCACUGAAUGAGCUAGUGCAUCCGGACUCGGGCACCACCGCAGGCUCCUACAAGUUGCAUUCGCAGGCAUGUCCGCCGCCGCCUAAUCACCGCCAGAGUCAAACGAAAGCCAACGCAGGCCAGGAUCGGAAGCGGGAGUCGCCACCGGAAGCGGAAGCGGAGCAGAAUCAGGAUAACCACGAGGAGGAGGAGAAGGAGGAGAAGGACUCGAGCGCAGAAAUGGCAGCCGCCGCCACCGUCACCGUCACGCCCCAGAAGCCACCGGUGGCCACCGGAUCCGGAUCGGGAUCGAACUCGGCCGCAAUGCAACUGAACGACGAGGUGAUCAGCAUCAGCAUCGACAGCAUGGGCAAGGAGGAUCCCCUGCUGCCCCAGCAGCCGCAGCAGCCGAUGAAGCUGAGCAAGAAGGCGCUGCACCAGCGCGACGCCGACGAGAACCUCUUCCUGCGGUUCCUCGAGCUCGAUCCCCCCGCGGACGGCAAUGCGAAUAGCACCACCGGUGCCCCGACGACGGGCGCCAGUGGCCAGUCCUCGGCAUCGAAGGCCAACGAGAGCAAUGCCAACCACCUGAACGGUGGAUCCAGCGGCCGGCGACAGUCCACGAUGCCACCGUCCAGCGGAGGAGGCGGCGGAGGAGGAGGAGGAGGAGGAGGAUCUGGCCGCCAGCAGCAGGGACGAACGCCGUUCACGAUGACCAAGCGACUCACGCGAACCGAGGAGCGGGGCUUCGGCUUCUCCAUCGUUUGGACGCAUCCGCCGCGGGUGGAGAAGAUCGAGGCGGGACUCUCCGCCGAUCGCUGCGGCAUCCUGCCCGGCGACUACGUGAUCUUUGUGGACAAGCACAACGUGGUCACGAUGCCCGAGGCUGAUGUUCUGAACUUGAUACGAUCGCAGGGCUCGUCCUUGACGUUGGAGAUUUUCAGAAGGUCAGGCGCGGGCGCCACAACACUCACGACGGAUUUGGGCCACCACCACCACCACAACGCCAACAUAAGCGGUCGCCUGGGCGUGGCCAUUGGCCUCGGGAGCGAGGAGCACACGAUGGCCACCACGACGACCGGCACGACCACCGUGAUGAGUCUGCAGCGGACCGCCAGUUCGAGAGUUCAGCCGGUGGGCAACAGCCUGAGCCGACCGGCCACCGCCUGCUCCGGCACCACCUCGUCCAUCGAGGCGGCCAAGAGGAGACUCCACCUGCCGCAGGUCACCUUCAGCAAGGAGUCGAUUGUGCCGAUCACGGACAACCGUCGGCGCUUCCUGCUGCAAUUGAUCAGUCGGGAGCAGAACUUCACGGCUGCCCUACACUUCGGAGUGGAUCGAUUCGUGCAGCCGCUGGUGGAGAGAAAGGACCUGAUCUCCCCCAACGAUCACCGCACCCUGUUUCAAAACAUUGACGAACUGCUGCGGAUCGCCGAGGACAUCCUGGAGCAGUUGUGCAGCAGCGACCAGCAGGACCAGGAGCCGCACAUGAACUUCGCCUCGCGGGUCUACCUGUCGAAGACGACGGCGAUUUGUGCGGCGUACAAGAAGUACUGCAACGGCAUCAAGCGGGCCGACUGUGUCCUGGUGAACAAGUCCCGGCAGACGGGUUCCGAGUUCAUUGCCUUCAUCACCGAGCCGGCGGUUCCGCGCAAGCGACCCGAUCUCACCAUGUUCAUCCAUCGGCCGCUGCAGCACUUCCGUGAGAUCCUGAAGCUGAUGCAGUUGCUCGCCGGGAAUUGCCACGUGGACACCGAGGAGCACAAGAACUUCAGCACGGUCAUCAACGAACUGCAGGCCGCCUAUCGCGAGAUCACGGUGAGCAGCGGUCUGAUGGAGCCGCUGGGCGAGGGUCGCCCUCUGCUAACGCUCCAAGACCUCGAGUCCCGAAUGGUCUUCACCAAGUGCAAGCCCUUCACGCUGGCCGUCCAGGGUCGCCAAUGGAUCUUCGGCGGCGACCUGUCCCGAGUCGAGGGACGCUCGGUGAAACCGUACUGGACGCUGCUCUUCAGCGACAUCAUCGUGUUCGCAAAGGUCAGUCGCGAUCGAGUCCUGUUCAUCACCGAGGAGCCCAUUCCCAUCGCCAACGUGGUGGACUCCUGUUUCCAUAUGCGCAAGAAAACAACCGAGUUUCGACUCACGGUGGAUCCAAAUGGACGUCUGGCGGAGAGUCCUACGGGGUACUGUGCCCCCGAUUUGACGCGCACUCCGAAACGAGGAGCCCGCCGCAAGAGUUUGAUUUUGAGGGCGCCCUCGCUGGAACUCAAGGCUGUUUGGCAGAAUCUUCUGCAGCGGCAGAUAUUUCUAGUGAAUGCCGCUCUGGGAUCGACGCCCUUGUCCAGUCCCCUGGACUCGCCGGAUGUGCUGAACACGCUGGUGCCGCUGAGCGACAUCGGACUGACCACCGCCUCGAUGGGAUCGAUGAAGCUGCCCUCGCUGGACAGCAUCCACCUGAAGCAGCAGCAGAAACAGCAGCGCAGCAACAAUGCCCAUGGCCACGCCCACUCGGCUGGAGGAGUAGCCACGGAAAGGUCUGCGGACCGCUCCCAUAGCCACGGCCACAGCCACAGUGCCCAUGUGGGCGGUCAUGUGGAGCAGAUCGAGCUGCUGAUCGACGAGAAGUGCCGCAUCCUGAACAAGACGGGCACUCCGAAGUCGAGUGCCCUGCACCUGGCCAACUGGAUGAAGGGCCAGCUGGACAAGCAGCAGCAGCAGGCUCGCCUGGCGGCCAUUGCCCGAUCGCAGGAGAACGUGAGUGCCGAGGACGAGCAGCUGAUCUUCAACAGCGACAGUGAGCAGGACGAACGGAUCACCUACUGGACGCGCCAGCAGCUGGAGAAGCGCACCAAGGAGCUCAAUCUGGCCAAGGAGAAUGGUGGCCUCUCGGCGAAGCCCAAUUUCGGGGGCAAGCGAUUGAGCGGCGUCGAGGAGCUGAGCAUGAGCGCCACAUCGGAUAUCUACUCCACGUCGGACGCGGAGGGCGUGACCAGUGUGAUCAGUCAGUCGCACAGCACCACAUCGGACAGCCAGAUCACCGUACGCUCGAGUCCCAUUGUGCUGGACAAGCUGGCCGUUUGCCGUCAUUGCCACAAGAAUUGCCAGCAGAGCGGACCGGGCGGAGUGCGUCCCGGCGGCGGAGGCGGAGGGGUGAACAACUCCAGCUCCACGCCCGUCCUGCUCUGCAACUCGCUAAAGGUGCAGCACAGUCAGUCGUCGCCGAACCGCUGUUGCAAACUCAGCAACGGCUUGGCGGGCACCGCUGAGUUGGCCAGUCCCUCCAGAGCGGGCAAUCGCUCGGCCAAAGGCACAGGCACGGGAACGGGAACGGGCACCGAAACCGGAACGGGCAGCGUGACCAGCAUGUCCAGCAGCACCAUCACGGGGGAGCUCUCCUCGAAGGUGGUGGCCAGCAGCAGUCGCCGGGAGACCGGCGACACCGAGAGCGACGUGGCCCAACUGAUCACCGACGAAAUCUCUCAAUCGCAAUCAGAGGCGACGGACGACAGCGUCGGCGCGAUGCCCAACAGCAGCAGCAGUGCCGGCGAGGGGAUCCCAGCCACCCAGCCAGGCUCCAAACUACGUCAUCUAGAUCCUCCAGUCGCCGCCGCUUCUUCUUCUUCAUCCUUGCCCAACGGUCAUUGCUCAGCUGGCGGUGGUGUUGGUGGUGGUAGUGGAGGCAGUGGUGGUGGGUCACCGAAACCACUGCCACCACCACGUCGCACCCGCAUUGUAGCCCAAAUGUGCCAGGAACCACUCAGCAGGCCGAAGGCCAAUCAGCAGGUGAAGGCCAUUGUGACCAUCACGGAGACGGCCAGGAUAAUGCGGAGCAGUCCAACGAAGGGAUCGAUAUCCGUAUCGGGCUCGGGUGCGGGUUCGGUGGGUGGUUCCCCCGCCAAGUACGCCGCCUGCCACUGCCGCUGCACCCCGGAGGACUUCACGAACGCCCAGCUCUCGCCGGACAAAAUGGAGCACCAGACGUGCAAGCUGCUCGAGUCACCGAAGCAAACGGCCACCACUUUGCAGCAGCAGCAGCAGCAGAAGCAGGACGACGAGCAGUUGUCCCUGAUGCUCAUCGGUCUGGCGCAAUUCGCGCCGGCCGCCAAGCUCUGUGGCCAGGAGAACAGGCAGCACAAGGAGGAUAGCAACAGCACACCCACGAUAGCCGUGGUCCCGCCCACGCCGGAUGCGGUUCUCACCAAGACGAGCACCCAUGUCUGGGACAACAGUGGCCGCUCCUCGAACGGCGGCGGCGGCACCUCGACCACCAGCACCGCCACAACGACAACGAAGCAGCCCAGGCAGGCCAUCAUUGAGAACAUACCGGAGGACUCGUGCGACGAGUCGCCGCUGGACGAGGAGCCGCCCUACCGACCCAUGAGCAGUGCCCUCCGAAGGUUCGGCACCAUGUCCAGCUUGGAGAAGCUGCCCUCCGACGAUCGAAUGGACGAGGCCGACGAGCUGGACGAGGAUCUCGAGCCCUACACACCGAACGGGCACGAUGGCCACUCGAACAGUCCGACCCACGAGGAAGACGAAGACGAUGAUGCGGCCUCCGAUCGAGCCCUGAUCCAAAACCUCAACGACUUGGGGGCCCCGAGUUCGUCGGGAGUGGGAGUGGUCGUCAAUGGCGAAGUGCUGGCCAGUGGGGCGUGGACGAAUCGCGCGGGAGCCUAUGUCUCCGACAAGAUGUCCUUCUUCGAGGAGUCGCGGGCCUUCAUCGAUAAGUACUUGGGUCGCUGGAAUGCCGGGGAGUCGCAGCAGCAGCAGCCGCAACAGCCGGGAACUGCCUCGGAGACGGAUGAGCAGAUGGACGAGUGCACCUCGGGAGCCACAAGCGGCGAGGAGGUCUGGGGCACGCCCACCAGUGGCGGGGACAACGAUGAUCAGGACAUGCAGCUGAUCAACUCCGAGAACACACAUUCGUCGCCCACCAAGUCGAGUACCUCGUUGAAUGACGACGACGAUACGGAACUGAUGAUGGACGAACUGCUGAUGGCGCCACCGAUGACGGCCAGUACGAUUCGAGGAUUGCUGCCACGACGUCGUCUUGAGCCCCUUUUUGAGGAGGAGACGGAGAGCGACGAAGAGAAGACGCAGCAGGACAGCGAUGACGUCAAAAAGGGGGAAGCAACGACCAAUGGCCACUACCUAGAGGAUUCGGCUGGAAGUUCAAGCGACAGCGAGGCGGCGGCGCCACCAGCCCCACCACCAGCUCCUCGGCCAGUGGUGCUGGAUCGGGAGGAGGAUCCGUCGGCGGAGGACCUCGAGGAGGAGGAUCCGGCGACGGAGGACCAGGAGGUGCUCAGUACUCACUUCAGCGGAGCGGAGCGUCUGCCUCCGAAUCUGGUCACGAGUGCGAUGGGGCCGCGUCCCUUGCUCACCACCCGCCUGCUGCCCACCACGGCCAUAGAUCCUCAGCCGCCGGCUGCGGUGGUGGUGGCCUCAUCCUGCGAGUAUCUGCUCGAUCAGCGCCCCUCGAGCGGCCAAGGACGCGAUCCCGUCGACGGGAUCAGCAGCAGAUCUGCAGCAACCACGACGCCAUCCUCUCGGCCGACGCCUCCAUCUCCGGCGAAGCCAGCAGCGACGCCGACCGGGAUGAUGACGACGACACUGACGACGAUAACAACGAUGAUGACGACGACGACGACGACGAUGACGCCGGGUCGAGCUCCCUCAUCGAUUACUACAACAACCAGCAGCGCGAGCGGCACUACCAACUCCGGCGGCAGAGCCAGCGGCAGGCCUCCGAGAUUUGUUCCGCCGCCACCGCCUCCGCGACGCUUGCUUCUCACGCAGACCGAUCUAAGCGCUGCUCAAGCCAAAACGGAGCUACCUCGAAAAAAAUCUGGCGCUACUGCUGACAGUGGCUUCUCGGCGGUUGUCGGCGGCGCCGCCAGCGCUUCGGACCCAACCGUUACCGGGUCAAGGACAACGCCGCCAACGCCGAGUACCAGCAGCUCGGCGGCGGGGGCGGUGGGCCCAAAACGACCGUCCUCCUCAACGAUAAUCGAGACCUGCCUGCUGGGGGCACCCAGGCCCGCCUCAGCCACUUCAUCAGCAACAGUCUCGAGGACGGCAAAGCCGAUCCGCCAGAGUCCCACCCACAAUCCCAGUCACAAUCCGCAGCCGAGGGCGGCGAUCAGCUGCCCAGCUGCAGUGGCGCCACCGGCACAGGCAGCGGCACCACCGCCAGACGCCCCCGCUGCCCCAGUGCCCCACGCUGGAUGCGGAUUAAGUCCAAGGCUGGAAAUGCGACUGGCCCUCAACCACGACAUCCUCGGGGACGAGGACUUGAUCUGCUACGAGCCUGGUCCCGAUCUAACAACUAUUCUGGGGCACGACCUCUCCACAUUUCAUCGUCUGACGGGUCGCGAUUUAUUGAGUCGUUCAGCCACGAACCGGGUGCAGCCAAAAGAGGCUGUCAUAUCGUACUCUCAACAACGCAACUCAAAGAUGGAUACGCCAACGGUGAACCGCCGGCCCCGCCCCCUCUCAGCGGGCGCCUUAACCAGCAACAGCAGCAACAACAACACCAACAACAGCAAUCACAGUCGCAGCAGCAGCAGUCACGGCAGCAGUCCGCUCGCCGGUGGUUUAACCCGUGCCGCGGGCGGCGAGCAAACGGACCGCCAGCCGUAUCCGGCGGCUCCUCCGGCCGGUGGUGGAUCUGCUGGUCGAGCCGGCGGCGGGAGAGGAAGCGCCGGCGACAGCAGCACCGCCUGCAACUCCAGCAGAGGCGGGAGCAAAUUAGGCGAUCUGGAAAUCUUAGCGAGACACGAGAAGAUAUACUCCAUGUCUCAAUCGAGGAGUGGCUUUCGAGCCAGGGAGACGAGCACGUCGUCCACAAUGUCCACGACGAGCACAACCACCACCAGCACCACCACCACUCUGAUGGCCAUGGCUACGGAGAUGCGUUCGGGGAUGGGGGCUUCGGGGAAACGCGACUCUUCCUGGCCCAAACGAGCAGCUGCAGCAGCCUCACUGACGAGGACGAGGAGUACUACUUCGAUGGACGGAGCGGGAGCCAUCAGUACCACAACCACAACCACCACAACAACAACAACAAUGACUGAGGAGGCCUUCCUCGAGACCGAAGUGGGCCGAUCGAAGCGAUUGAUGAACUUCAUAAAGCGGCGCAACUCGGAGAUAACCGCCAGUAGCACCAGCAGCACCCCCAACUACUCCGGCGACGGCGUCUUUGGCGAGCAGCCGCAUCCGAGCCACAGCCAGAGCAGCCUUCUCCUCCAGAAGCUGCCGGCGGGUCAGUCGCAGGCUCAGGACUCGGCGGAGAUGGCCCAGAUGUCGCCGCGCAAGGACAACGACAAGCCAUCGCUGAACCGCCGCCUGUGGAAGCAGAUCACCAAACGCCGACGCACCAACUCCGUGUCCCAAAUAGUCGCAGGCUAGGGGGAAUCACCACCCGUCCCACUUUUUCCCUCUGCUACUCUGUUACUAACUGUGUUCUGUGGGUAGACUUUGCCUAAGCAUCUCGAAAGCAGCCAAUCAGAGGAGCAUUGAUUUAUGAACGAAUCGAAAAUCGAUAACCAUUUGCACGGACAGCCCGUAGAUAGGCAGUAAUCAACUGUAAGCCAUAUCACAGUGGUCUGAGCGGGCUGCUCCACCGAAAGAACUGGCAAAUUGCAAAACCAAACACUUAGUAGUACGUUAAGAUUUUUGAUACGACUUUGUAGCUAGCGAAUCCCCCAGAUCGCAACGAUCUCGGGCAGCUCUAGGCGUCCAAUUGCGUCCAAAAGCGAUAAGCGAUAAACGAUUAACGAUUAAAACGAUACAAAAGAAAUAGUAAUCGAUUCUCCUGCCAGCAGAGCCAAGGAACCGAGUCCCAGCCAAAUGAGAUAUAGACAACGAAUGGCAGUCAGUUGGUAAAACUGGGCACACUCACUCACUCCAAAAUAGACAUUACAACACUUAACAUAACAUAACAUAUAACACUUGCAGUCCAGCCAAAUGAAUUAGGAUCUAGAGAAGUUCGUACACUGACUAUUUUUUAGAGAUCAUGAUUAUAUCUUAAAGCUUAGCAGUUUCGGUUUUAUGUUGCGGGAUUGAGACGGUAAAAUUGCCUUACGUAUCCAAUGAACUAUUGUAUGGGUAGCUUAACGUAGUAGUCUUUAUACACAUAUGUAACAUUUACAGCCUCAACAGUUCGUAGUAGUCAAGCGUUAGUUGUCGGUCGUAAUACAAUUUUUAGUACUUAAAUUCCACGUUUUUCCCAACUAUUUACAAACGGAACGUUUGCAUCAGUUAGAUCUCUUAUAUAUAUAUAAGAAAGCUUGGUAGUUCAUUUCACAUUGAAAUUGGUAUUGAAAUUGGAAUUGGAAUCGGAAUCGAGGAAAAACGAAUAGCACGAAAAUUGUUAAAAGCAGCGCUGAGCUGAAAUAAUGCUAACAAAUUAUACGAAUUAAUAACAAACGAUCAAGUACAUUUAUCAGCUUUAAUAGAAAAUCUAAUAUAUAUACAUGGAUCUAAAUAGUUCUAGUUCUAGUUAUAUAAUUGACAUAUACGAAUUACUUUUGAAUAGUGAGUACGCGAUCGAGUUAUUAGGCAUUUAUCACUCACAUUCACACGAGGCAUUCAUUGAUCCAGCACCGUUAACAUCACGUGAGAUAUAUUCAGUAAUUGACUUUAUAAACUCAAACUCAGACACACAAUACGGAUUUUAUGUAUAUGGCAAGCGAGUAUCCAAAACAUUUACGGUAUACAUUCGAUUCUUUUGUCCAAAAUUUGUAUUUUAGCAUUGUAGUAGAGGGCAGAAAUGAAUUUCUCUUGAGAUUCGAAAGGAAAUUCAAUUAUUUAAAGAACAAAUUCCAAAGACAAGCAUCUAAAUAAAUUCAAUAUACAAUAAAUCAAAAUGGAAUGCA